GAUGUCCUGUUGUGAAGCCCUCUGUCCUGGAACCCUGCACCCCUCUGUCCUAUCUCUCCAUCACUUCAUAGUGGGACUCUUCUGCAGCAUCCAGUGAGGUCUGCAACAUCACUUGAAGAACCCAAAGAGUCAGGAACCAUGCUGACCAUUUUGGCGCUAGCGUCGGUCAUACUCCUGGGAAUAGUGCCCCAGCAGUCUGAGGCCAUCGUCAUCUACACGGGCUGGGAGCGUCACGCCCUGGUGGGCUCCGACAUCCGUCUUUCCUGCUCCUUCUUCUCCUGGCGCUGGACCUCUGAUGACGUCACCUUCUCCUGGAGCUACCGGCCCGACGGUGCCAGGGACGCCAUCUCUAUCUUCCACUACACCGGUGGAGCUCCCUACGUAGACAACAAGGGACCCUUCAGAGACAGGCUGGAGUUUGUGGGGAACCCUGGUCGCCGGGACGGAUCCAUCCUGCUCAAAAACCUAGACUACGGAGACAACGGCACCUUCACCUGUGAUGCCAAGAACCCACCUGACAUAGUGGGACGCGCCUCCAGUGUCAGACUGCUGGUCUUUGAGAAGGUUCCCAUCCAGGCCGGAGUGAUCACGGGGUCCAUCAUCGGUGCAGUGCUGGGUCUGUUGUUGCUGAUCGUUGUCAUCUACUAUCUCAUGAGGUUCCUGGUGGCCCGCAGAGUCUUCAACCUCAGUGUCAGCAAACAUGGAAAGAAAGGGAAGGGUAAAGAGGGAUCACAGCAGAGACAGGGCCCAACUCUCUCCAUCGGAGACCCGUCCAAGCUGAAGGCCGCCGCCUCAGAAAAGAAGAAGCAGGAGUCGCGCAAGGAUAAGAAAUAGGAUACGGGGAGCAGAGAGCUAGAGCCCCAACACACAGCCCAGCCCAAAGCAAUGAGACAGGCAGAGAGAGCAGGAACAGGGGGAGGGGACUCACCCAAGGGGGCAGGGCCUGGUAGGGUGCUGAUGACCAUCGAGCUGGAGCUCUCCAAGUGGGAAAAAGAGGGGGAGGGGAAGGGGGGUGGGUCCGCCUCGGCCAAAUCAUCCAGUUUCCUGUCCCUGUCCAAGCUCUCCAAAAAACUGACCCUUAAAUAAGUGAAUGAGAAUCAUACUGGAGAGGGAGGCAGCGGAGAACCUUAAUUAAGGAGGCAAUCUUAAAGAACUGUAAGGCUGUGUCCCAAAUGGCUCCAUAUUCCCUACAUAGUGCAUUACUUCUGACCAGAGCCCUAUGGGCCCUGGUCAAAAGUAGUGCAGUGCACUAAAUAGGGAAUAGGGUGCUAUUUCGGAGGCAGCCUAAGUCUGUCUUCAACGGUAUAUUCUUUCCCACAAGAUCUGAGCCUUCACAACUCAAAGUAUAUUCAUCAUGAUCUCAAUGCCACACUGGGGUGAACAUAGACACAAUAGUGAUAAAAAAAAUAUGAUAGCUCAAUCAAUGAUCUACUACUGUCAGGUCAUGAAACACACCAUUUGAACCAAAUCAAAUGCCAUCUGACUGCUAGUUUGAUGACAAAAUCUUAAAAGCUAUUCCCAAGUUUGCCUUUCAUUCUGACAUCUUAGAUGUGAUGCAAGGCAGUAUUCCUCAACUACGCCUGUCCGACACACAUCAGAGAGUCCUGGCUACAGGGACCACCCGAUUUGUUCUUUUGUGUCUGUGUCCCAAAUGGCACCCUAUUCUCCACUCAGUGCACUACUUUGACCUGAGCCCUAUGGGCCCUGGGGAGAGGAUCUGUCAAAGUUUGACUUGCCCUCACACUGACUGAUGUUCUCUCUUCUUUCUCCUCUCGUCUUUCACUGGGAGCACUUUUAUUCUGACUCCUCUUCGUUAAAACUGUAGAAGUUUCAAAAAAACUUUGAAUGCUAACUCUUUCUCAUCCUAUCUUUUCUAUCUCUCUUUCUCUCAUAGAUUUUCUGAAUCUUAUUUCUCAAAGACUCGACUUCCUCCCACUUGACUGCUUCAGCUUCCAUACGCCACACCCUUUUAGACCACACCCCUUUCCUCCUGCCCCACCUUUUGAUGCACUUGUCCUAUCUCCUUAACUCAUUAAGUCCUGCCUAUAAAAGAGCAGUCCUACUAAGUUAAGCAAGAGUAGUCCUACCGAGUUCAGCGUUUGUAUGAUGAGGCAGAACAUACAACUCAUAACCCCUUUAGCUAGCAUCAAGGCAGAGCAGACCCAGUAUAGACAUGCAGUGUAACAAAUGGACCCACCAGGCUAUUGAAUAGAGAUACAAAUACCAACAGGGAGAGGUCAAAUAGUUCCUGAAACUUCUGUUACUGCUUCCUGCUGCUCAGUGCUCAAUCAGAUCAGGUGUGAGCGGUGUGAAGAGUUUGAAUGCACCCUGUGCUGGACGAGUCAGAGUGAGGGAGAGAAAUAUGAUUCCUAGCUCUUACCUUGUGUAGAUGGGUUCAAAUUGAAGUUCAUAUCGCCGGGUGAUUCACUCCCUUCACAUUUGAGCUAAUGGAGGCCGUAGUGCUGUGCUGCCUUUCUGUCACUGCAAGCUGGAGUCUAGGUUAUUCCUGUCUAUAAGGGUGUAGUAGAUAGGGGCUUACUGUAACAGCUGCAAUUUAAAGCAGAGUAGAAAAAGCCCUGUUUGUUUGUGUCUGAGAGUACAUCCCAAAUGGCCAGCUAUUUCCUAUAUAUUGCACUACAUUUGACCAGGGCCCAUAGGGCUCUGGUUAAACAUAGUGCACUAUAUAUUGUAUAGGGCGCCAUUUUGGACGCAACCUGCUUUGAAUUCUGUGACUGAGUCCUUGAAAUGACGUCACGUUGACAGCCAGUGGACAUUCUCAGGCCCUGACAACAAAGGGAUACUCCUCCUUUCUACUCCUCCGUGUUAUUCUGGUCCCGUUAAUCCCUUCUGCACAUUUCUCCCCCCUAUUUUAGCACUUGCUGGUAACUGGAUCUCUCUAUCUCUCUCUCUCUCUCUUACACACACACACACACACACACACACACACACACACACACACACACACACACACUGUCUUUCUCUAAUUCUCUCUCUAAUUCUCUCGCUCUCUCUCUCUCUCUCUCUCUUUCUCUCUCUCUCUGUGUCCUUUAGUGACGCUAAGCUAUGUUCCCUCAUAGACUACCCAAUCCACUCUAUACUUAAGCCUCUUCUAUCUAGCUUUAUCAGACAAAGCCAGACCCCAUCUCAAACAAACUCAGCAAUUCUUUUUUUCUUUUCUUUCCUCUCCUCCUCCUCCUCCUCCUCCCUCUUUUUCAAACUCAGUGAUGGACACCUCUCUCCUUCACCCCCCUGAUCACCAACGUCCCUCUCACUCACCCACCAAUGCCACCACACCCCUGCACGUUCGUUCACCUGCCUUUUCUGCUGGUUGGAAUGCCACGUCGCUCUCUUCUGCCCCCUAUUGGCCAGGGAUGGAAACUGGGCAGAAUCAUCCAUGUUAUUAGUUCUCAUUGAAGACUUUAAUCUAGCUAUAGCUCUCUGCCGGUCGCAAAGGUGCGUGUUUUAUGUGUGUCUGUGUGUCUAGUCAGACUGUCAUGUCAAACAAAAGAUGAUAAAAACACUGUACAUGCAUGUCAUUCUAAAGUAAAGCAAAUAGUGAAACAUUUUACUGAACAAGUGCACAAAAAUGCUUGUUUUGUUUGAGGGAGGCGGAUGUGUGAUAGUAUCUUCUUAUGACAUUUUAUCACAUUGAUGCCCUUGUUCAUGGAGGGGGAUCUGUGUGGCUGUUUUUAUUUUGGUGCAUAUUUUCCAGGGGCGGAAAAUCAAUAUUUGUUAUUUUAAGGUGCAAGCUGCAUGGGGCUACAGGAGGCACUCGCAAGGUGAGGGAGGUGAUGAUGAGGAGGAGGAGGAUAAGGGAGGUUAACUUCAGAUGUUGCUGGUGGUCAUGUGAUUGGAAAAAAAGAACAGGUUGUUGCUGGGAUGCAGAUACUUUGGAGAGAGAGAGCGAGACUUAUCUUGUGUGUUAAGCCAAGCCAAAGCCCAUAUGUAUCGCUGAAGAUAUGGUUCAUCUCUCCCUAAAGCUCUCUCUUCUAAGGUCCUUACCCUGAGCUUCGGGUCUGAACGCUUGAUAGGCUAUGCGAGGUGGUUAGCGUAGGGUUUAGUGUCGAAUGUGUUUUGUUCUUUUAACUGUGGUCAUAGGGAGUGUGUUAAAACCACACCAUGGUUCAUUAAGCCAAUAGAAAAUACAUAGUUCUGUUCACCCCUUCGCUGUUUAACCAACUAUCCAUCAUCAGAUGUGAUCCGUUUGAAUGUUUCUUUCGUUUCUUUUUCAGAAACAGCCACACGGACUCCUGACAUAAAACAAACUGCUUUAAAAUGUCUUCACAAUGUUUUGUUGUCUGGAUUGUGUACUGUACAUAUUAUUUUGGUUGUUAGAUAACAUUCCUUUCUUAGAAAUGUCAAGCUUCUUACCUUUUUACGUUUAUUUUAAUGCUUACAAUUAAAGUGCACUAAUCAUAUACAUUUGAUUGUUAUUUAAAAUGUGUUGUAAAGGGAAGGUAAAUAAAAAUUAAAGCAUCAAACACAUCUCGGUUGUAAAAGGAGAAUAAAAUAAACCCAAAUGAAAAUGA